CACAAAAAGCGAAAUAUGGCGACGUGUAGUAGAAGUUGUUUUUGACUAUCAUCUUUUAUAAAUAAUUGGAGCCUGUGUGAGCGAACUUUGAUCUUAUCUUAUUAAGUGAUUGAAGGUGUAUCCGAAACGUAGUGUAACGUAAAUCAUUGAAAAAUGAAUUACAAUCACUCGAACGCACGCCGAGGAAAAAGAUUACUGGAUCCAUCAGCUGGUUUAUCGGCACCAAUGCCACCAAUGCCACAAAAUCCUCCAAUGCCACAAAAUCCAUAUAUGCCUGUAUAUAAUCAACAGGCACCGAUGAAUCAUGAUGCAAUGCCGGAAUAUGGUUUUAACAUUUCUGGACAGGCACCACCACCAUAUGGAUUUAAUCAGCAGGUACCCAGUUAUCCGGCUCCUGACAAUCAAGGAGGAGAAUUUGUCGCAAGUUCACAAUUUGCGACACAAUUAUUAAGCCAACCAGUUGUAACAAACAUGGCGGUCCAAUAUGGGAAUGCAUUGGUUGGUACUGGAAAACAGCAUUUAGAAAAAUAUGUGCCAGUUACAGCAUUGAAAUAUUACUUUGCUGUAAACACAGAUUAUGUUUUUGGAAAGUUAAUGCUGUUGUUCUUCCCGUUUACUCAUAAGGACUGGUCUGUGAAAUACGAACAAGAUGUACCGUUGCAACCACGAUAUGAAAAAAAUGCACCAGACAUGUAUAUACCUACAAUGGCGUUUUUCACGUACGUCGCUACGGCGGGAUUAGUUUUAGGCAUGCAUGAACGUUUCACACAUGAGCAGCUGGGUAUUCUGGCCAGUUCCGCUCUCGCCUGGGGUGUGAUUGAAUUGCUUGUCCAUACUGUGAGUUUGUACGUAAUGAAUCUUCAAACGAGUCUAACAACGUUAGAUUUGUUGGCGUAUUGCGGUUAUAAGUAUGUCGGUAUUAACGCGGCCCUGUUGAUAUCAUUGCUAUUUCGAAAAUACGGUUACUAUGUGAUGCUAUUGUACUUUAGUAUCUCUCUAGCUGUCUUUCUGAUGCGAUCGUUAAAAUUAAGAGUCAUCAGCAAUAGUUCGUACACAGCCUCUGGUAAUAAAAGACGGCUUUACUUUAUCCUCUUCUUAGCUGGUAUACAACCCCUUCUAAUGUGGUGGUUGUCGUAUCACUUGAUUUAAAUGACAGGCAGGAAAUUUAUAAAAUACCAUUGAGGAGAAAACUAUAUAUUUAUUACUUGAUUAUUAUCACCUGUACAUUUUUUUGUAAUAAAAUUCGAAUAUGAUAUCAUUUAGAUAAUACA